ACAAAUACUAAAAAGCAGUAGGGACCAGAUGCUUAGUAUUUUUUCUCUACAUUUUAUUAUUACCUUACAUUCUUACAGGUAAUUGGGUCAAGUGAUCAAAGAAGGACAUUUAUUAGAUGUGUAAGUUUAUAAAAUAUAAACUAAGAUUACCUGACAGCGGCUGUCAGUCUGCCUGGGGAGGGGAGGCCCGUGCGCAGGUUCUCAUUCAUGAAUGUGUCCUAACCACUGUGUGGGCAAAUGGACAGUUUAGUUUUGCACUCUUCAAGUGUCAGAGAAGCAGUUACCUUGUAAGCAGGUUUUAAACUUAUUAUUUCAGUGAAUGUCAAACUAACACUGAAAUGGAAGGAAUGGCAAAAUGAACCGUUUACCUGUACCUGGCUUCAACAGUGACUAGUUUCUGGCUGAUUUUGUUUCUUCCUCCAUCUGCUGUGCCUUCUCUUACCAUUUUGAAGCACUAUUAGACAUCCUACAAACAUUUGGAAUAGCUCUUUGAAAGGAAUGGACUUCCUGGUUUUUUUAAAAUUUAUUUUAAUUUAGUUUUAUUUAUUUUUUUUACACUUUUUUUUUUUUUUUUGGUACUGGGGAUCGAACUCACGACUGCCUGCUUGCAAGGCAGGUACUUAUGCCGCUGAGCUAAAUUUCUGUUUUUUUAAAAAAAAUAGCUGCAAUACCACUACCUCUCAUGAAUUGUUCUGGUGUGUUGUUUCAGAGUGCAAAAUCCCACAAUGAUGGCCCACAUGACAUAAUAUACAUUUGAACAUAAAUGUGUUCUGACACCAGAAGUCACUUUUCUGGUUGUUACACUGGCCUUCCGCGUAGGUCUUUAAAGUGAAAUGUUGGGCAUUCUUUGAUCAUUUUACCAUGUAACACGAGCUUAAGAGCCUUCGGGAAGGCUCUCAGUUAAUGAACUUUCUGUCUGCUAAAAGUCUGAUCACACAGACUGUGUAUGACAUUAGGAGAUAAAUUACCUAGUGACUCAGUAUUUGAAAUUUAAAUUUAACUGAAAACAGUUAUCAGUGCAUCAUAUCAAUUUUUUAGCAAGAGAGAACUAUGAAGUCUUUAUUAAGCUCUCAUUUUUUUUUAAUCAGUACAGGGGAUCAAACUCACGACCUCAUGCUUGCCAGGCAGGCGCCUAUGCCACUGAGCUAAGUCCUUGUUUGAUGCCAUGUGAGAUAGAGUUUGAGAAGGUUGCCUUCACUGGGCCAAAGAGAAUCAGGGCCAUAUGAGGUAGAGUUGUAGGUGCUUACCGUGUACAUCAUCCACCUAAGCUAUGCAAUCCAUUUUCAUGUAAUAUUCAUUUGUUGUCUUUUACAUGUGCAGCACUGUCCUUGGCCCUUGUGUCCUUAUUCAGUUUCUCCCACAAGCCCAUGGAAAAGGCACAGUUACUGUACUCCCUUUGACGGAGGCUCAGAAGUUACUGCCCAUGAUCAUGUGAGCCUGGUGGAGGAAAGAUUCAAACGCACAUAUGCAUUUCAUUGUCACGUGGUGUCAACUGGCAAGAAGGAUAAAUAGCAAAGAAAAUGAUAGUUGUUUUAAUUUUAAAAUGUCCAAGGAAAAUCUGUGAGUGGUGAUCAAAAAAUAGGGUGUUUAAAUUUAAAAACAUUCUAAUUACAGUAAAAGACACAUUGCCAUUUGUCCCCCUCGUAUCCCACCCCUUUGCUUUGAACACAUUUACCCACCAUUCCCGCGAUUCUCUGAAGCAGUUCUGGAGGUUCUUGAAUGUCUUUAGUAGCAGUGGCGUGGCUGUGUCAGUGUCCUGAACAGAUGUGUUAAUGUUUACCUUUCAUGGUCAUUUUUUUUUUUUUUUUGUCUUUUUUGAGACGGGGUCUCCCUAUGCAGUUCAGGCUGACCUUGAGCUCACUUUGUAGCCCAGGCUGGUCUCGAACUCACAACGAUCCUCCCACCUCAGCCUCCCGAGUGCUGGGAUUACAGGUGUGAGCCACCAUGCCCGGCAUUGGCAUUCAUGGUCAUUUUGACUUUGGGAAAGAGCCAGAGUUGCACCAUCUUAGCUCCUAUGAAUCAGGUGGGUGAAGACACAUGGCCAUGUUUUUACAAGCCUGCCAUUCUUUUGGAUGCUAUGUGGCAGUGACAUUCACAGUAGUUUUGAUCAGGCCUUGUAAAGACACUCAUGAAAGAGGACUCAGAACAGCUUCAAAAAGUGGAAAGAAUGCAGGGUAAGUGUGCUCAAAGUGAAAGGCAGGACUUCAGGGAGUUCAUGCCAAUAUGUCUUACUGUAAUAUAAUUUUUAUUUUAAACGUUCACUCUAUCGUUUGAUGACCCUUCUGUUGUUCAAAAUAUACCACCAAAAGCAUUUCAUUUGCUGAGAUUUUAGUAAAUGCAGGUGUUUUCUGAGAGUCAGUCCAUGCCUCACAUCUGUCUCCAUUCUCUUUUCAGAAGCUUCUAACCGUGGCUCUGGGCCAGCGUGUUGAUCUUGGGCUGCCACCUUCCUGAUUACUGGGAAGAGAGUGAAGUCCACCCUCUUCCCUGAAUGUCCUGGGGGCUCCUGGCACUCCACACACCCACGUCUCUCUUCUCGAAAUCUCAGUCCGUGGUUUCUGUUAUUGCCCCUCUUUCUCAUAAAAGCCCGAGUUGCGUCUCUGUGAAUGAGGCCCGGAAUCCUGCUGCAUCUAGAUUUUGUCCCCAGCCUUCGAUUUUAUAACCUGCCGUGCUCUUAGUCAUUUCUGCUGCUAUUAGCUUAGUUGCUUUUGAGAAGAGCACAGUUAGUUUUACUGAUUUUAGAGCUAUGGAAAAAAGGCCGGGUGUGGCGGUGCAGGCCUUUAGUCCCAGAAUUUGGGAAGCUGAGGCAGGAGUAUCUUGAGUUCAAGGCCAGCCUGAACUGUGGUGCAGCAGCUGCCUUCCCUUGCUGCCUGUGUCUCCGUGGAAAUGUGGGCCGGGCCAGUUACCAGGCUCAGACUUACUUGUGUCUUACUGACCGCCUUCUGUGCGUGUUGCUUGGGGCUGACCUUUCUCUCUAACUUUCUCUGUCUUAGAAAUCUUCUAGGAUCUGUACCUAGAGCAGAAAGCAUGGCUUUCCCCCUCAUUCUCCACGGAGGCAGGAACACCGCUCAGCUCCUAAGCCGGCACCUCUUCCCUCUUCUGCUGACUCUGGGAGGCCUGGCGGUGCCGUGCUCAUCUGUUCCAGAAUGGAGGCAGGCGGAUGUCAGCGCCUUGAAGCUUCUCAAGGUUCCCAGCUGUGAGGCCCAAACUGGGGCUCAGGGGACCUCCUGGCCCCAUCUCAGAGGCAGCCAGUGUGAGGAGCAGCCUCCCCUCCAGCCUCCUGUCAGUGUGGAUCCCCCAGGUGUCAGUGUCCCGGCUCUUGGAGCCACACUGCACUGUCUGGGGCUCCACACCUGCCCUGUCCGUUUCCUCAAAGCCCCUGAUAUGGUGCUUGGUACCCGGAAGUGAGCUAAGCAAAUUACCUGUCUUGUUUUGCCUACUAAGAAACAGCCUUGGUCACACGGAGGAGUCUUGUUACAUUGCAUGCAGCAGUGCGUUGGGGACCAGCAGAAUGAUUUUAGGCAGCGGUGCCAUUCAGGCUGACCCAAGUCCUCCGGCUGAUUCGACGGCUGCGCCAUGCAGCCUUGAAGGAAGAGUUGUAGCUAAGGAGGGGAAACUGAGGCCAGGGAGCUCAGCUUCUCUGAGUGGAAUGCACAAAACACUCCUAGCUGCUUUAGGGUGCCUUGGCUGGCCAGAAAAUUUUGUUUCUUUUCUAUUAUGCAGUACUUCAUCCAUGGGAAAUUCUAUCUGUGCACACGUGUUUAGUCAGGUAAUGGAAUGGAUAUCUGUGCACUUGCUGCCCCCUCAGUCCACUGCCCACUUGUCCUGGAGGUAAUCUGGGGUCAGUGUCUGCCAUGGUCACCUACCUUGUGAUAAUCGCCCUGAGGGAGAAAUGUCCCAUUGGCCUGUCGCUCAGUAGCUUUCAGUGUGUGUUGAAGAGCCCACUGUCUGGGCCAGGGUGCUGUCUGCUUCCUUGUGGCUGGGCAGCUGGAAGCAGGAAGAGGGUCCCUGCAGCGUGCACAGCAGUGACUGGGAGGCCCCUGCUGAGCCCCGGAGCUUCCCAGGUACCCAGCUGGGCCGGACACUCCACGUGGGCAUCCCGGCUGCCCGAGCCAUGGCGCUGCUGUUCUGAACUCUCACUGUCUUGCUUUUUGCACUUGAAGGUUUUUACCAAAUAUCUGUGACUCUUAAUAUAUUGUUCACCUUUGCUUGUUUUCAUAACAAUGGUUUCUUAGUAUUUAUUUGUUAUUUUUGUCUAAAUAUCCCAGAAAAUAAUGCCGGUGAAAUGAAAUAGUUCGUCUUUCUCCAUUUAACUCGGUUUGUGGUCGCCGUACCUGGGGUAGAGACCUUCGCUGGAGGGAAGCCGAGUGUGGGAGUGGAAAGUCUGUACUUGGGUAGUGGUCCCCAUGACCCCAUGGCAGCAGAGGUAGCCGGUGGUGUCCACAGCAGCAUUACUCGUAAGUGACACUGGUGUGUACUGCAGUGAUACCUGGCUUACUGAUGUCCUGUGAGGAGGAGGUAUCUAUGGUGUCAGGUGGUUGCAUGCUAUGCUGAUCUCGUGGUCUGACUUUGUGAGUUGCAUGGACAGUGUCACCAGUGGUAGUAUUUGUGAGACUCAUGACUGCACAAUUCACAUGGCCCCAGUGCUAGUGUUUGUGAGACUCAUGACUGCACAAUUCACAUGGCCUGGGUCUGAGUCAGUACCCCACUACUCAUUGGUGAUUUGACUCAGCGUUGGCCUCUGUUAGUGGGAACAGUGACAGUGCUUACCCAGCAGGGUCACACUUAUUAUUGCUGUUGGAGAGCCCAGCUGGUAUAGAAGUGUAAGCCUGGUGGCGUGGAGCCUCGGGCCUGGUCUAAGGCACGUGGCCUUAGCCUCGAACCAAGCUGGUUUCAUUCCUGACUGUACUUCUGUUUUGUCAUGGGACUUCUGGGACUUACUUCACCUCUUGGGCUAUUAGUUUUUUCUUAUAAAAAAAUGAUGUCUGCUGUAUUUGUUUAUGAUGGGGAUAGGAGUCCACAGUGUAGGCUGGAGACGUGGUGUGAUUCACAGCCAGCCCACGGUGCCACCAGUGGCCAGCACCAUCAGUUUGCUCCAGGUCUCAGUGAUAUAAGUGUGUCCUCAGCCGUGGGAGUUUUAUCCUGGCUGCUGUUUGCUUUAAACAGAAUGCAGAAUUACAACAUGAUCAAAGAGGUUAGGCCAACAUGAACCAGUUAAGCUAGCUGAUGAACGUUUGGAGUAGUUCGUAUAAAUGUGAUCGAUGUCUCUGCCACUUUUUUUUUUUGGUACAGUAUUUUCCUUUAGUAAGAUCAAAAAUUUUAGUUGACUCCUUUUUUAAGCAGUGUGUGUGUGGUUCACAACAGUGUGUGUGUGGUUCAUGACAAAAUUGGCUGUUCAGGGUUCCGUGUACUACCUGUCCUGAGGCAAUCAGAGUGUGCCCGGUGGCAACACGCUCUGCUGGAGUGGCGCUGAGACAGUCACGGGGGCCUUCCUUGGUGGUACGGCCAGUCGGUCUGGGCCACUGUGUGAUGACGUGUUCCCCAUCACAGAACACUCAGAAUGGCCGGGCUGCCCCACAGAUUGGCCUUCUCCCUCCCAAACCCUGACCUCUGCCCAUCCUACUGUCGCCAUGGUUCUGACUUUUCCAUGUCAAAAGACAAAAUUUCAACAAGUCAAAGAUCUGAUUAGCUCGUCUUCACAGUUCAUGAAUCAGAACACCUUCUGUUCUCUAACGUAGUUGGAGAAUUCCCACUGGCCCACGGCAGAGCGUGGGUUUGAAGACAGGAACAAGGGAGUGGACGGUGGGAAACGGAACUGGGUUGGUCAGCAUGAGGUGUGCCUGCAGGCGGCUUUUCUGGCCGGGGUUAAGCAGGGAGGACUUGCUUGUGCACUGCCUCAGCUGUUUGCAGGAGAAACCAUCUGUUUGGAGAUCUGCCUGUGUCCUUAAGGUCAGUCAGAUUACACGGCCUGGAGCAUGCGUGGCUCCCUGUUGGCUUGGUCCAGUCUGCGGGGUGGUGGUGCUUGAGCUUCACAUUGUGGAACGUUUAGCACUGGGCUGUAUGAGGCUGUCUCACCUGGGCUCUUUUGAGCCAGGGAAAAACAUUUGAAUGUGUAAAUUCUGUUUGUGUUCUACAAAAUCUGUCUAGGAGAUCGCCCUCCGGAGUGACGGGCUGAGACAGACUUUGCUCCUUCUCUGGAGUUGUGGUGAAGGUUAGCGAUGAACAGAAGAGCUCACUUCUGCUUUCAGUUCUGCGCUUGCUGGGGUGCCCUCUGUGGAUGGGGAAGAUGGAGAAUGGGUAGAAGGAAUGGGUACUGAUGAGGGGCUGCACACACAGUGGGGGAGGACGGCUUGGAGCUAUCGCCAAGGGCAGGAGGUGGCCCUGGUCUUCCAUCUAGGACUUUGGGCUACGUAGUCCCUGCAGGUGGAGGGAAGGCAGCUUCUGUUGUAUGGCCUCAGGUGUCUCUAGCUUGCUGGCCACUAGCAGUGGCAGUGAGUGGCCUUGUGUCUGUGACUGCAGCUUGCUCACCCCGCAUGGGUGCUGGGGAUGCUGUCUGGAGGUCGCGCAGUGUGUGCUGCCUGGUCUCUUCUGCCGAGGCUCUCUCUGUGCCCAUCUACUCAGGCUGUGGAAGAUAACACGAGAAAUGCCAGGGGCGCACGAGGUGGAGCAGCGGUGCUUCCCUAGGGCCAGCUGGGGUUUAGCAGGAACAGCCAAUGUCAGUCUCUAUGCAGGUUCUUUGAUAAGGAAACUAUACAUCUGGACAUGGUGGCACUCGCCUGUAAUCCCAGCACUCAGGAGCCCGAGGCAGAAGAAUCCCCACAAAUUUGAGCCCAGUUUGGACUACACAGUUCAAGGCUAGCCUGAGCUGCAUGGACCCUUACUACAGAUUUAACGACCUUGACUACCGAUGGAUCUCCUUGGAGAACUGGACCUACAGCAACGAAUUUAAAUUACCCUUUGAUAGCAGCAAAUGGCAGAAAGUAAAUUUGACUUUUGAGGGAGUUGAUACAGUGGCCGAAAUCUUCUUCAAUAAUGUCUCCAUUGGGAAAACAGACAACAUGUUCCGUAGAUAUAGCUUCGACGUCACCCGCCUGGCCCGAGACCUGAACUCCCUGGAGCUGCGCUUCCAGUCCGCAGUGCUGUACGCCGCGCAGCAGAGCAGCGCCCGAGCCGGGCCCCCCGUGCCCCCCGCCUGCCCCCCGCCGCAGCAGCACGGCGAGUGCCACGUCAACCUCAUCCGCAAGGAGCAGUGUUCCUUCAGCUGGGACUGGGGCCCUUCCUUCCCUACCCAGGGCAUCUGGAGAGACGUCCACAUCGAAGCCUUUGAUAUCUGCCAUCUGAGCCACCUCACUUUCUCCUCCGUCUAUGAUGACACCGCCCAGGUGUGGAGUGUUGAAAUUGAAUCUGUUUUGGAUGUUAUCAGCUCAAAGCCAGUUGGCGGUCAGGUGGUCGUGGCCAUCCCUAAACUGCAGAUACAGCAGGCAUACAGCCUUAAGCUCCAGCCCGGGGAGAGGGUUGUUGAGCUGUCUGUGAAAAUUAACAAGAAUAUUACUGUGGAAACUUGGUGGCCUAAUGGACACGGGGACCAGACUGGGUACAACAUGACCAUUCUUUUUGAAUUGGAUGGAGGCUUACGUAUUGAGAAAUCUGCUAAGGUUUAUUUCCGGACAGUGGAGCUUGUAGAAGAGCCCAUAAAGGGGUCUCCGGGUCUGAGCUUCUACUUUAGAAUCAAUGGCUUUCCCAUCUUCCUGAAAGGCUCCAACUGGAUCCCGGCAGACGCGUUCCAGGAGAGGGUGACCCCGGAUGUGCUGCGGCUCCUUCUACAGUCGGUUGUGGACGCAAACAUGAAUGCGCUGCGGGUUUGGGGGGGCGGCAUCUAUGAGCAGGACGCCUUCUAUGAGCUCUGCGACGAGCUGGGGAUCAUGGUGUGGCAGGACUUCAUGUUUGCCUCUGCCCUGUACCCAGCCAACCAGGCCUUCCUGGAUUCCGUGCGGGCAGAAGUUGCUUACCAGGUCAGGAGGCUGAAACCCCACCCGUCUGUCAUCCUGUGGAGCGGCAAUAAUGAGAACGAGGGGCUGCUGGCCGUGAACUGGUUCCAUGUCCCGCUCGGCGACCUGGAGACAUACAUCAAGGACUACGUGACACUCUAUGCGGCCAACAUCAGGGAGGUUGUGUUGGCGGGAGACAAGACUCGUCCCUUUGUGCCAUCCAGCCCUUCGAAUGGGAUCGAAACCGUCGCAGAAGGCUGGGUUUCGAGGCACCCUAACAGCAACCAGUAUGGAGAUGUACAUUUUUAUGACUAUGACAGCGACUGUUGGAACUGGACUGUUUUCCCCAAAGCCCGAUUUGUGUCUGAAUAUGGCUAUCAAUCCUGGCCGUCCUUCAGUGCCUUAGAAAAGGUCUCAGAGAAGGAGGACUGGUCUUACAACAGCACGUUCGCCUAUCAUCGGCAGCACCAUCUUCACGGUAACGAGGAGAUGCUUCGCCAGGCUGCACUGCAUUUCAGGCUUCCACAAGGGCCAGACCCUGUCCGCACCUUCAGAGACACCCUCUUCCUGACUCAGGUGACGCAGGCCCAGUGCAUCAAAACAGAGACCGAGUUCUACCGUCGCAGCCGUAGCGAGAUAGUGGCUGGUGAGGGCCACACCAUGGGGGCGCUCUACUGGCAGCUGAAUGACAUCUGGCCGGCUCCUUCUUGGUCCUCUCUAGAGUACGGCGGCAAGUGGAAGAUGCUGCACUACCUCGCCAGGCAUUUCUUCCACCCGCUGCUGCCCGUGGGCUUCGAGGACAGGGACGUGAUUUACAUUCACGGCGUAUCCGACCUGCACGAGGACCGGAAUGUGACGCUCACUCUGACGGUGCACUCCUGGCGCUCCCUGCAGCCCCAGUGUGCCCAGACCACAGAGCCCUUGGUGGUGAAGGCCGGGGCCGCCACCCGUCUCUACAGUGAGCCGGUGGCCCGCCUGCUGAGCAGGUGUGGGAACUGCACCCGGCCAGGCUGCGUGCUCUCCUUCCAUCUCUCAGCUGGCGGCGAGGUUGUGAGCCCAGUCAACUAUCACUUCCUGUCCUCCCUGAAGGACGCCGAGGGGCUGCUCAAGGCUCACAUCACGGCCACCAUCUCACAGCGAGGUGACACCUUUGCCUUUGACCUGGAGACGUCGGCUGUGGCGCCCUUCGUGUGGCUGGAUGUAGGAAGCAUCCCGGGGAGGUUCAGCGACAAUGGUUUCCUUAUGACUGAGAAGACACGGACUGUUCUCUUUCACCCGUGGGCGCCUACCAGCAAGAGUGACCUGCAGCAGUCUCUUCGUGUGACUUCCCUGACAGACAUUUACUGAGGGGUCUUCAGGCGGAACCGCACCUGGGCGUCCCUGGACCUGCCCGGGCUGUGUCUGAGUUAGCCCCGAAGGUGCUGCCACUGGGGCCUUUCCAGAAGGCGUGGGAAGGGAACAGUGGAGGGUCUGUAGGGAGCCACAUGGGAGCUGUGAGCUCCUGCAGACCUUUCAUAGUCAGCAUCGAGAAGUACUGUUCUUAAUUUUUGAUUUUAUUAGCUCGUUUGCAGUACGUGAUAUGACGCCCAUAGCGGGUGUCGCACAUGACACAUCUCUUCCUUUCCAGCCCCUCCCCUCCCCUCUGCUUCCAUCCUGCUGAAGAAUCUCCCUGGAUUACCUGGUCAUUGGGGGUUCGGUCUUCAGAGAGAGAGUUCUUGGUGACGGCCCCGUUGUUCUUUGUUCCCAGACUGUUUAGGGGAUGACUGUUGUUGUUUGGUUACCAUUUGGGGAUAAGAUUCUUUUUUAUUUUGAGUGAUUAUAUAAAAUAAUGCCUUGGGCAAACCAGGGCCCAGGGCCCAGGAAGAGAAGCCAGAUUACCUUUCCCUCAAGUGAAUGAGGUACAAAAGCAGCUAAAUGCUUGUAUCAUUUGCCUGGCUUUGUAGGACCAAGGCCAGUAGUGUAAGCAUCUAUUAGGAUGAGUUUGCAAUGUGGCAAGUAUGGGGGAUUCCUUUCUGUCUUGUAUUUGAAAUCCAAUAUUAUUGUUUUGUUCCGAUGUAUUGUUUUGUUUUAUUCAAUGCUGUUUUGAUUAGUUUUUAUUUUUUUUAUUGGUACCGGGGAUCGAACUCAUGGCCGCCUGAUUGCAAGGCAGGUGCUUAUGCUGCUGAGCUAAAUCCCCAGCCCCCACUGCUUUGUUUUGAUUGGCUUUAUUCUGUUUUGUACUGUUGGGUUUUGUUCUCCUUAAAAAAUUUAAAAUAGUGCCUUAGUGAUAAUAAUUUAUUUUUCAUAAGACGCUUAGAGAGACCCUCUGAAAAAUAAGCUGGCAUUGAAAUCACUGUGGGCAUUGGAAAUUUUGGAUGUCGUGAUACUAGAAUGUGUGUGGGCUUCAGAUGUGGCCAAAUCCAGAGUUUUCCGGCUCAAAGAAACGAAUUAGAUGCAGGCUUGUCAGCCCUGGUGCCAGAGUAAUGUUCAAGCAUUUAUAUCAUUCCUUUGUAUCGAUGAACUAUCAUUGUUUUAAAAUUUUUUAUUACUUAGUAUCACGUUUACAACUUUACCUUGUUAAGAACCAUAAUGGCACAAAAUGUUAACACAUAGUGAAUGAGAGUAAAGCUAUGUGAAAUUUUUGCAGUUUUUCUAUGAUCUGAAAUUACCUAGAAAUAAAAACUAUAAAUUGCACUGCCAA